UACAGCGCGGCGUGUUUUCCACCUUGUACAGUUAGCAGGAUUUCAAACCUAAAUCCAAACAUUGGUGAAAUUCGAAGGUGAUGUUUGAGUUUGUAGAAAUCCUACACAAAGACAGGACAGAGACCUUCCUCACGAGAGGAAAUAUUGAGUUAGUGGUUAGCUAAGAAGUUGCUAAGUGUCAUUGCAGUUUGCAACAUGGGGAAAAAGAAACAAGGCAAGUUUGUGCGGCCUGACAGUAAGGGCAAAGACAAACGUCACAAAAUGAAGGGGAAAUCUUUGGAGACUUUUACUGAAGAGAUGCACUCUGCCUUUGAAGCCAGUCUUCACGUAGAGGAAGGAGCCGAAGCCCCACAGGUAAAACUGCCUUGUCCGCUUGCUAUGUGGGAGUUGGGUCACUGUGAUCCAAAACGUUGUACUGGCAGAAAGCUGGUACGGAAGGGCUUUGUGCGAAACCUGCGUCUCAACCAGAGGUUUAAUGGACUCAUCCUGAGUCCAAUGGGCACCAAGUAUGUAACGCCAGCAGACAGAGAAAUUGUGGCUCAGAAUGGGCUUGCUGUAAUUGACUGCUCAUGGGCCAAACUGGAGGAGACCCCCUUUAGUAAGAUGGUUGGAAGCCACCCCAGGUUGCUGCCGUACCUUGUUGCUGCUAACCCUGUCAACUACGGCAAGCCUUGCAAACUAUCCUGUGUGGAAGCUUUCGCUGCCACAUUCUGCAUUGUUGGGUUUGAGGAACUGGCUGUGCUCCUGCUUAAGAAAUUCAAGUGGGGGACAGUUUUUCUGACACUCAAUAAAGAUCUUCUUGACCGCUACGCUGCGUGUCAGUCCGAGGAAGAGCUGCUGUCUGUCGAGAAGGAGUUUCUUACAUCUAAACCAGAAGAAGUGGAGUUUGAUCCAUUUGAUGUUAACUCUGGAGUUGAAUGCAGGAAUCUCAACAGACCUGUGUGUGCUGUUGAAGAUGAUUAUUCCAGUGAGGACAGUGACCCAUCAGAAGAUGACAAAGACACCUCAGAGGAUGAAACCCAAGGAAUCAACAAUGACUCUGCAGUUUUACAGCAUCAAGAUGAAGACUGAAACAAUGAUGUUUCCCAGAAAGGACUAGAAACUGUCUUAAAUACUUCCUUUGGAAUACUGUAAAUAAAUGAAUGGUAUAUUGUUUUCAAACCAUCGAUUAAUUGUG